AUGUUACGAGAACUCUACAACCACAACUUCAACAACGGCAACAACUACGACCACAACUCCUACGACAACAGAAAAGCCACCAACAACAGAGGAAAUGUUAUAUUCUCAAUGUCAACUAUGCACGACCUUGCCCACGACAACCCAGUCUUCAACCGUUACAUCUACCGAGAUCACUUCGACAUCAACACCUACGACGACAACAGUAGAGUCAACGACAAUCGCAACAACAAUCCCUACGACAACAGAAACGUCAACAACAACCGUAGAAUCAACGACAUUAGCUACAACAAGAAAGACAUCAGAGAAGCCAACAACAGCAGCUACCACAAUGACGACAACAAAGGAAAUAUUAUAUUCUCAAUGCCGUCUGUGUACAACCUUGCCCACGACUACCCAGUCAUCAACCGUUACGCCUACUACCAUCCCUUCAACAUCAACAGCUAUGACAACGGAAACAACAGUAGAGUCAACAACAAUUGCAACAACAAUCCCUACGACAGCAGAAAUGCCAACAACAACCGUAGAAUCAACAACAAUAGCAACAACAACUUCCACGGCAUCGAAAACGCCAACAACAACAGCCACAGCAAUAACAACAACAAAGGAAAUAUUGUACUCUCAAUGCCGGCUGUGUGCAACAUUGCCCACGACAACCCAGUCUUCAACCGUUACAUCUACUGCCAUCACUUCAAAGUCAACACCUACAACAACAAAAGAGGAGUCAACAACAGUCCUCACGACAACAAAAGCGCCAACAACAGCUGUAGAGACAACAACAUUAGCAACAACAACAACUUCCACGGCAAAGAAAACGCCAACAACAACAGCUACAGCAAUAACAACAACGAAGGAAAUAUUGUACUCUCAAUGCCGUCUGUGUACAACACUGCCCACGACAACCCAUUCUUCAACCGUUACAUCUACUGCCGCCACUUCAAUGUCGACACCUACAACAACAAAAGAGGAGUCAACAACAAUAGCAACAACAGUCCUUACCACAACAAAAGCGCCAACAACAGCUGUAGAGUCAGCAACAUUAGCAACAACAACAACUUUCACGGCAAAGAAAAAGCCAACGACAACAGCCACGACAAUGACAACAACAGGGAAAAUCUUAUAUCCUCAAUGCCGUCUAUGCACAACUUUGCCCACGACAACUCUGUCCUCCACCGCUGCAUCUACUGCCACCACUUCAACAUCAGAUAA